ACCACCUCAGCGCACAAAAACCUCCCGUUCCAUCCCAACUCCCCCCACCUCGCUUAAAAAGCUCGCCUCGCCUCGCCUCCGCCCCUGACCGAAUCCACCCUUCCCCCUCCUCCUCCAACCCAACCCGCAGCCGCCGCCAAACCACUCCGCGGUGCUCUGCAGCGCCGGCCGGACUCGCUCGCCCUCACUCUCUCGUCCCGCGACUUGCGGACUCAUCUGACGCGAACGCGGCGUUGAUCGGCGGUCCUUAGCCCGCGAUGGAGAAGACGAAGCUGCAGCUGCCACUGCCGCUGGUGCACAGCGAGCGGCUGUGGGCGCGGCCGUGGCGGUGGGCGAAGACGGCCUUCUUCAUCGUGGCGAUGCUGGCGUCGCUGCUGCUCGUGUGCGCGCCGCCGCUGCUGGUCGUGCUGCUGGACCUCCUCCUCCCGCCCGCGCUGCUCUCCAACUUCCUUCGCGCCCAGGCGCACGCCCCUCCUGUUUCCUCCGCCUCCGCCGCCGGCGUCUCCUUCGCCGCCGCGCUCUCCGGCCAGGCCAGGGCGUUCCGCUUCGGCUCGUCGCUCGUCGACCUCCCCGCGGUCUCCGCCGCGCGCUCCCUCCUCAUCCUCUGCGCCUACACCGCUGGCGGCGGCGGAGGCGCCGCCUACAGGUGGGUCGCCGUCGCAUGCAGCGCCGCCUCCCUCGGCUACGUCCUCGCCAAGGCCGUCGCCGUGUUCGGCGUCGCCGGCGCCGGGCUCGAGUGGCAGGGGAAGGGCCAGCUCGUCGCCGUCGAGGCCAUGUUCCUCAUGUCGCUCGCGCUCGCCGUCGCACACCUCGCCAUGGCGUACCGCGCAUCCUGCCGCGAGCGCCGACGCAUGCUCGUCUACAGAAUCGACGUCGAAGCGGUAAGACUAAAGGGAGGCCAAACGCCCAAAUCACUGAAGCAAUGCAUGGUAUGACAGUACGACACUCAUCUGCUCCUCGUAUCGCCGGCACCACUGGGUGGAAGGAUGGAAUCUGAAGAUGCACGGCGCGGCAGGCUUCAGUGCAGACAGAAAGGCAGGGCUCAUCCGCCCGGCCGGUGCCCCCAAAUUUUUGGUUCGAGAAGUUGUGCAUACCGAUCGCUACGUCCGUCUGCUCCCUUACUUUGCAUCUGUCUGUGGUUCUGUGGCAAGUGAACGUAGUAUGAACUGUAAAUAUUAUGGAACAUUUGUGCUUCGGCCUCCUGCAGCCAAUGCAAUGCAGGACGAGCCGUGUGGCAGAUGCUUUUGUUGCCUUGUUGACCCGGAAUUGUGGAUACCUGUCACGUGCGGGCAGAGGUGACAAUGGGCAUCUUUAAAUUUAGUUUUUAUAAUAUCCAGCUUUCAAGGGGAUUUGGAAGCUUUUCAUGUUAGCUAAAACAUAAGAUCGUCCUUUUGGCUUCUGUUAAGAACUUUACAGAACAAAAGCAAAAUGUGGAACUGCCAUGCUUCACCUGCA